AUGGCUACCCGAAUCGGUCCUGUGUCGACUUUCAAACGCCACCACGCGGCUUUCGUCUUCGAUCUGCAGAGGCAGGCGAGGGUGCUGACGACGGAUCCACAGGCUGCUGGGGCUGUUUCUGAGAAGCUAUGUGGCCUUGUUGGUAGAGUGUAUCAGCUUAAGGAUGCGUCUAUGGCUAUGGCUGUUGAUGCUCGUGGCAAUGCUUAUGUGCUGGCUAAACCGUACGGGUUCUAUAGCUAUAAUGUGCCGCAUGUGUGCAAUGAUCUUGUUGCUUGUUUGUUGCACUGGGCGGAUAUUCUUGUUAAUACUGAUGGGCGGCGAACGGAUGGGCUUGUUGCUACUUCUAUGGAAGGGGUAUUAGCUACUUUAUGGUUUUGA